AUGCGUGCCGCCAGGAUUUCUAAAGAUAAAGGACUACACUCCCGCAACGAAAAUCCGAUCACCGACCUGACAAGCAACAACAUGAUUGCCGCAAAGAAUUUUAUCUUCAAGCAGACGCAACGAGACAGCUUCAACCCAGAGGUCAACGCAUUGACGCAAAACAAACCAAUCAACACAACUAGCAGACUUCGACAUCUGUCACCAUUUCUAGACGAAGACGGACUCUUGCGAGCAAGUGGACGCCUCGAGAAGUCUCAAUUGGACUAUUGCUUAAAACACCCAAUUAUCCUUGAUGGAAACCACCCAGCAGCUCACCUCUUUAUACGACAAACCCACAAAGACAACCAGCAUUUGCCACGCCAGCACUGA